CGUUAGCUACUCACAGUCACUUCAUGCCUCCUCCUGCCUCUCGAAACGCCAUCGUAAGGCUCAUUAAUGCCUCUCAGCACACCGCUUGUCCAUGCCAUGGCUGCCGUGCAGCUUCGCAAGCAUACAAUCAUGGCGCUGCUGCCCUUAACCAGUUGAGAAAGUACGCGACUCCCACCAACACAGUCGAGAAGGAAUAUGCGUUUGAGGUUGCUGCUUCCAACCUCCGGUUCGGCGACGGUGUCACUAAAGAAGUCGGGAUGGACCUCAAGAAUAUGAAGGCCCGCAAAGUCGGAGUGUUCACGGAUCCUGUGGUUGCGAAGUUGAAACCAAUGGCUACGGCACUCGAGUCGUUGCAGUCGCAGCAGGAUUUGCCUUUCGAAAUUUACGAUCAGGUCGUUGCAGAGCCUACGGAAGAAAGCUGGCGGAAGGCUAUUGCAUGGGCACGGGAACAUGAUUUCAGUCAUUUCUUGGCUGUUGGAGGCGGUAGUGUUAUUGAUACUGCAAAGACUGCGAAUCUCUUCACCGUAUACAAGGAUUCUGACCUCAUGGACUUCGUGAACGCGCCUAUUGGCAAGGGUCAACCCAUUUCUCAAAGUCUGAGGCCAUUGAUAGCUGUGCCAACAACCGCCGGUACCGGCUCCGAAACGACGGGUACGGCUAUUUUUGACGUCACGUCUCGUGCUUUCAAGACUGGUAUCGCCAAUCGCGCCCUGAAGCCUGUUCUUGGGAUUGUUGAUACGGCGAAUACCGAGAGCUGUCCUACGGCCGUGCACAUUAGCGCUGGCCUCGAUGUUCUGUUCCACAGUUUGGAGAGUUAUACUGCUAUUCCAUACAAUGAACGUGUCCCUCGUCCCCAGAACCCUAUUCUAAGACCUGCGUACCAAGGUAGUAAUCCCGUGGCCGACAUCUUCUCGAUGUGGGCUUUACGAACAACUGUGAAGUAUUUACCUCGCGUCGCCAAGGAUCCAAGUGACUAUGAGGCCAGAAGCCAGAUGCUGCUGGCGGCAUCAUUUGCUGGCAUUGGCUUCGGCAACGCCGGCGUUCAUCUGUGCCACGGGAUGAGCUACCCGAUUUCCGGUCUGAACAAGAAAGGGCCUAAGUAUAAGCACCCUGGAUACGAAGUGGAUCACCCCAUCGUCCCGCACGGUGUCAGCGUUGCCUUGACUGGACCAGCAGUGUUCCAGUUCACAGCUCCUUCCUCACCGGACCGCCACCGCGAAGCCCUUGCGGUAUUCAGACAAACUGCAGUCACGGAUCCCACGAUCACCAGCAUCCCGAACACUGAAAUCGGUUCGCAUCUGUACGAAGCCAUUGCUCGCUUCCUGGACGGGUUGGGUGUUCCUCGGGGUCUGAAGGCGAUCGGGUAUAGCAGUGCCGACAUCCCGAUGCUUGUAGAGGGAACCAUCCCGCAGCGCCGCGUGCUCGAUCUUGCCCCUAACAUUGGCAACGUUGUUGGCGAAGACGGUCAGGAGCAUCUGACUCGCAUCAUGGAGGCUUCGUUGGAGUACUAAAGACGUUCAUCCGAGUACGUGGGGCGCGCUUCAACUUAAGACACUCCAUGUAAAAUAGCUACGUUUUGGCCGUUGGGAAUACCUGAUGUCAGGGGUAUCAAUUCUUGUCC